AUGGUGCUAACAACGAUUGCAGGGCACAAGAAAGCCUGUGUGCCAUUAUCCCUUCUUAAAAGCCAUGGAGGGUUUGGCAAGAGCUACUGGGUACAGAACUGUUGGCAAACAACUAGUCCGUGAUGCACAGCUGGCAGCAAAUCCCAGGAAAAUUCUUGAGCAGGGGGAAAAAGUUACUAAACUUUGCCCUGUUGCGGCUGCUCGGCUGAAAUGGUCUCUGAAUAGAGCAGUCUAAGAUUCUUUGUCAAAUCUGCUUUGGAUUUUUCCUUUUCUAGCAGUGACUUCUUUGCUAAUGUGCCCUAAUGUAGCAGCAAACCAUACAGAGUAGUUUUUUAAGCAAAUAAAGAGAUGGAUCAAACUAGCAAAUAGCAAGUAAGCAAGAAUGAAAUAUGGCCAGAAUGAAAUAUAACUGCUUUAGCCUUGCUGAAGAGAUCAAUGAAUUGUGCAUGUACUUGGAGAUCCCGUAUUCAAGAAAAAUGAAUUAAUAUUUCUUGAGAGAAGCUUUGCAAAAAGAAAAAAACCUUCUCCUUGAAAUCUUGGACUUCCCAUUUGGACUAUGCCAAGCUAGAGUUAUCAAAAAUGAAUGUUGAAAAGAUGGAGGAAAAGGGUUUACAUCCUCCUCUAAUAAUCAGGGAUGAAAACGGCAAUAAAUGUAUGUGUAACACCAGUGCAUCGCCCUCACUGAACGGAAGCACUGCUAGCCAGUACCGUAAAGCAGAACACGAGGACUACAUAGAACUUCAGGACACAAAUGAAGUGAUAAAGAGAUCAGACCAACCGUAUGCUGAAGCAGGAGACCUGCAGAAGGUGGCCAGUGACUACAUGUGGAUGGGGACCAGGGACUUGGAGGCCAUACGCACACCUGCUGCAAAGAAACCAUCUUACAUGCAUGCCUUGAGACAGAAUUUCAGAGAACCGACAAGCCUUCUUAAAGACGGUUUUGCAAUGGAAAAUGUUCAGAAUCUCAGUACUAAGGAAUCCGUGCCUUACUGCCAGGCAGAUUUGACGCACUUUGCUGCUGUGGAGUUCUGUAAAAGUACUGCAAUUGAAAAUGAAUUGGAUAGUUCUCCAACAGAACAGGAAGGAGCUAGUUCAAGUGAAUCUUUCAUUACAGUUAUAAAUUUGGAGAGCAAAUGUAACGACGAUGGAUCUGCUUCCCAGAUAUUUACCUCUCUUGAAGAAAUGCAUGUAAAGGACAGUUUCACAAACAGUACCAGCUCCCCUAAGCUAAAUAUGACAAGCGUAAACCAGGGUAGGGGAGUGCCACUUGCUAAUGCUCUGUCAAUAACUGGAGGUGAUGUCACCAAUUAUAUUGACUUGGUAUCACAGGAUAGGGAAUGGCAUGAAAACCAAGGAAAGCAGGAUGCUGAACUGGUAGAUCCCUGCUCUAGGGGCUCUCCAGCGUUGGAACCAUCUCAUUUGUACAAAAGUGAGCCUAAAAGGUAUAUGCACAGCACACCUGAGAAUGAUGGAGGCAACAGUUGGACAGCCAGAUAUGGACAGGAUGGUGCCGUCAAUGGCUCAUGUCCUCUAGCAAUACAGAGUUUUGAUGAACAUUUGAUCAAGGAGUUUUACAAAGAUGGGGAGAUUCUGACUCAAGGACCAAAUGUCUUGGAAAACAAUCAGGCUUUUCUCGAGGGAUAUGCUCAAGAGUCUGAGACAAUACAAAAUGGUAUACCAAAGCUAAGAACAGCUGCUCUUCCUGAGCCCAAUUGCCAGGCAACCUUUGUGGUUUUCAGUCCCACAGCUUGUGACUCGUCAAAAAAUGCAACCUUUGCUGUUUUUGCUGUGCCAGAUGAAGAAGGUGGUGGCAUUUCUAAAGCAGAAAAGAAUAACCACAUGGUGAAAGAAUGUACUAGAAGGAUUUCAUUCAGAAGCAAUUCUGAACGUAGCCCGGUUAAACCAGUCACCAGAGCACCCCUUGCUGCUACCAUAACAAAAGCUAGAAAAGCAGAGAUUGUGAGCUUUCCAAAGCCAAACUUUAAAAACAUUAAGCCAAAAGUUGUGUCCAGGCCCAUACCACAGUCGAAAGAGAGUGCUGUGAUAAAAGCAGCUCAGAGAUCUCCUCAGCUAUCUACCACGUCUUCCUCCUCCCCUUCUUCCCCAAGGCAAGUAUCCUCGUCAAUCACAGGGCUAAGAAAAAAAAUGGACUUGGAUCGAGGCACAAAAGCAGAAACGCCAAUGAAUAAGACCUAUAAGCAACAUGUUAAUAAACAUCUGCCUAGCCAAGCUGUACAUGCUGCAACUCAUUCUGAAAAUACUUCCCACAAGGUUCCCAAAAAACCUGUGUUAAAACAGAUCAUGGAACAGGUUGACAAAGUAAGGUGUCCCAAUUCAACAUUCCUCUCUGUUCCUGCUUCUGGGGCUGUCAUAUGCACUCCGAACACAGGUGGGACACUGGAUGACAAAAUGGAAUUUGCAGAGGCCUGUGUACAGCCUGGUGCUUUGAGCAUCUGUCCAGUAUCUCAAGAGGAACAGCAGAAUGACUGCCUGGGGGUUCCUGCCGAAAAGUCUGCUCAAGACGCAGUGAUCGAAGGUGUUGGACUUGUCCCUUUUCCUUUGGCUUCUUCACCUAAAGUAGAGGCAACACAACUACAAAAUUUGUCCAAGGACAUCCCAGCCACCCUAAGACGUAGUAUACGAGAUUCCCAGAAGAUAUUCUGCUCUAGGAGAGGAAGUGAGAGUAAAAAUGCUCACUCCGCAAAAGUAUCUUCUCCUCAAAGAGCAGGUCUAUCUUUGAAUUCAGGAGCAGAAGUUUUUUCUCCUAAAGGAAGACUUAUGUCUGCGAGAUCCUCACCUGGAUCUUGGAACAGUUCGGCAAAGUUGAUUCCCAAAUCAAAAGUGCCUGUCAAAGGACCAGGAUUUCGGAGAACCGCUAGCAUUUCUUCAGUUAGCAGCACUCAGAGUGACCAAAGUACUUGCAGCAAUAACUCUACGAGUGCCACAAUUAUCAUCAAGAAUGGAGAGUGGCCUUCCAAGCCUGCUUGUCAAAAUGGUACGGCUGUAAAGCCAGUGCCCAGGCCAAGAGCGUAUUCUUUGAAAAACACCCCAAAAGGAACUAAAAGCAAGUUCGGCUUGGUGAGCCCCUGUGUGCCAAAAUCGACCGGAGCGCUUCCUCCCGGAAGAAGAACCAGUGAUUCAAAAGGGAGUCAGAGAUUGGGGCCUCUAGGACAAAAUGGGACUCAAAGUAUUUUCUCAGCAUUCACUUCUGUUGACAAGGCAAAGCAGAGGAGUCCGAAGAACUCAUGCAUACAAACCCGAAGUUCUACUGAAGUACAUGCUACAGAAACAAAAACACACGAGUUGACUCAAUACAAAAGAAAAUGUGAACACCAAAGUGGAAUUAUCCAGCAAUUGAAGAAAUGCUUGACAAGCAGUAACCAGAAAUUUGAAGCAUUAACUCUUGUGAUCCAACAUUUCCAGUCUGAGAGAGAGGAAACAAUAAAACGACAAAAAGAGCUAUCCCUGGAACUUAUCCACCUUCGUGGAGAGUUGGGAACAGCUUCUACAGCAUGUGAGAAAUUGGAGAAAGACAGGAACGAACUACAAGCAGCUUAUGAAGGAUUUGUGCAGAAGCUGAACCAGCAGCACCAAAGUGAUCUGUCUGAGCUGGAAGAGAGGCUAAAGCAGUUCUACACGGCAGAGUGUGAAAAAUUACAGAGCAUCUGUAUUGAAGAAGCGGAAAAAUAUAAAGCGCAGCUCCAAGAGCAGGUUGACAACUUGACCAUUACACAUGAAAACUUUAAACUAGAACUUGAAACCAGUCAUACAGAAAAGAUAGACGAACUGAAGAAGGAAUUUGAAUCAUCCUUUUCAGAGCUCAAGAAUGCCCAUGAAUCAGAAAGAAAGACACUUGAAGAAUCUUUCCAAGCGAAACAAGAGGAACUAGAGAAAAAAAUUGCCGAGUUACAGAGUGAAAAUGAUUCCUUGAAUGAAAAGCUGAAGUUGGAAGAGCAAAAACGAAUAGCCAAAGAAAAAGCAAAUCUUAAAAACCCUCAAAUCAUGUAUUUGGAACAAGAACUGGAAAGUUUAAAAGCAGUGAUGGAGAUCAAGAAUGAGAAACUACAUCAGCAAGAUAUCAAAUUGUUAAAGAUGGAAAAAUUGGAGGAAAACCACACCGCCUUAGUUGAGAAAUGGAGGAAACUUCAGCAGGAGAAUGAAGAAUUAAAGGCUCGAAUGGACAAACACAUGGAGCUUUCCAGACAACUUUCCACGGAGCAGGCAGUUUUACAAGAGUCCUUGGAGAAAGAAUCCAAAGUAAACAAACGCCUGUCGAUGGAAAAUGAAGAACUUCUGUGGAAGCUACACAAUGGCGAUCUGUGCAGCCCACGAAAACUGUCCCCUUCUACUCCUCCGAUGCCUUUUCAGUCUCCAAGGAAUUCUGGCUCCUUCUCCAGCCCAACUGUUUCACCGAGAUGACACUCCUGUGAGGAGCCACUCAUCUCGUACAGACAUUUCAUCCAUGAGCUGAAGAACUUAAAACAUGAAUUGAGGGAGCAAAGAGCUACAUUAGUUGUAUAUGAUUGCAAUGAAACUGGAAACUGCUGUCAUGAGUAACAGGUGCAAAACACACUGAGAGCUCCGAAGUAGGGCUCACCAAUGCUCCUCCUCAUUUUAAAAAAAAAAAGACUUCGGUAAUAACUUCUGGACGUUGUUGCACAAAGCACUUAAAAGAGCAAGAAAAUGUCUUGUUCGUUUUUUGCCUUUCAUCUAACUAUAGGGAAAAAAUGCUCAGGGGCUUAUGAAUAAAUGGUCGUAAUAACCUUUAAUACGUUCCUCACCGUAGACACCUUUCGGAGACUCUGGGUGUGGUGUGAAUGGAUUGGAUGUCGCACAUGGGAGUGUGUCUGAUGUGGCUGCCUUCACCAUGUACAUUGUCAAGGACGGAAGCUGAAGAAUAUAGUGACAUAUAGUUCAUGAAUAAAAUAUUGUCAGUAUGCAUGUUUUUUUUUUAAAUCAAAGGUUUUCCCUUCACUGGACCUGACAAAAAGCUGCCUCUUGGGCUCUGCGGUUCCUCGUAAUCUCUCUGCUUCAGUUCAGUAAGAGAAUGAAAGGAAAUGCUAUUUGUUUUUGUCAGUUUAGGUCUACUACUUCAUAUUUGAAUUUUGAAUCAUAAUCUCUUAAACCAUAAUUUCAAAAUGUUCAUGGGCUUUUUUUUGCUUUCCUGCUUUAUUCCAUAAACAAAUUGAAUUCAGAUAUUCCCCUGAGCCAACCCCUCCACCGUUCUUAAAAAUGCUACAGAUCAGACAUGCAAUUUCACUUCUCCAGGCGUGAUAGCCACUGUAGAAGGCUGAUCUUCCCCAAGAUGGCUGGUCUUCAAAGUGAAGGUGGAAACGUCCAGACGUCUGCCUCUAAUCAACAAGCGCAUGGGGUUGUGUCAGCCUGCCAAUACAUUUUUUUCAUGUCUUGUGAAGAUUAAAAAUCCUGGAUCAAUUUGCACUUUUACCAGUUAAUAGCUAAAAGGAGAAACCCAUACCAAGGCCAUCUGUAACAGAUUUACCUGCCUUUCUAAUUGAAUUCAGGACUCACCUUCAGUUUCAUUUAUAUAAGUUUUUUUCUUGUUUCUCCCCUCUUCCCCCAACAGAACAACAACAUUAGAUUGUCUUUCUGAAGUUGUAUUUCGGAGAUAUCACUUAUAAUGUUUUAUACCGUAGUACAAAUUUGAAGAUGACACAGUGCAUGUCUGCUCUUGAUGAUCUGGUCAAAAUUUUUUAGGAUUUCACAGGUCUUGCAAGUACAAACACACUUUAUUAUGGCUAAACAUUGUCUGCACUUACAGAACUAAAUGGGACUGUCAAAUACUAUGACUUGGUGUGCAGACAUCACCACAACAGCCAAGAAUGAAUCGUUAAUUCCUUUGCCGUGGAAUAGUCCACUUGUUAGCAAAUGGCUGACUAAAUCUUAUUAUUAUUUUGGAAUGAAGAUCUUGAGAAAUACUGGAGGUCUCUUUUCCUUUCCAUAAAACUGGGAGUCCACAGAAAUCUUCAGUAAACUUGAAUAGUAAAACGUUAAACCAAAUAUUUUGGUCUAGGAUGCAAAAAUGUUGGCUCAAAGAGGAAGGUUUUAGUUACUCAUUCUGUAAUUAUGGAAGUAUCAUGUACUCUGUAAUAUGAAAAAUUCAAGGAUGAAAUCCUUAAUUUUUACACGCUGUAUGAAGUGUGCCUCCCCUGUGGAACCUUUUACUCACUCUUACCCCAUUUAUGGCACUGUACUUGCCGCCAGAGCUAGGGGUGUCAGCCCUUCUGAAUAAACUGUUGCCCCGAAAUUGAAUAGAACCAUGAAAAUUUUGCUUUAGGCUGAAACUUGGCUUAGAAGUAUGUCUUGGAGCAAUUUUAUUUCUUUGGCAAGAACAAAUUUAAUGCUAUGUAUACUUAAGUGUUGAAAAUUAAAAUAAAACUUUUUUUACUGGUUUAUAA